AAGUGUUACUAAACCCAGGACCAUACAUUAACUAUAUCUGUGGUAAAGCAUGCUAGUUAUACUCACUGUGGAACCUAAGGAGUUAAUCCUCUACAUUAUGUAAAAAGCAUGUUUGAUCCUGUCUUCUUUGAUCCUCCCCUGCUACUGUCCCCAAUCCAUCUGAUGAUAGAACAGAGCCUUGGAGACAAGCUGCACAUGCUCAGUUUGGUGUGCAUUGCUAGAGAGUUUUUUUCCUUUGGGAGAGUGCAUGUGAUCAGCACAGGGCCAAGCAGCGAUGUCCAGAGGGUCAGGGGUUAUGCAGCCUCAUAGGACAAU